AUGCAUCUUCGGCUGGCUGGCAUUCUGCCGCUGAUCGCAGCUCUUGCAGCAUCACCGGGCACCAACAAGUCUGAAAGCUGCGCAACCGAUGACCACAAAGAAAGCAUAUCGGCUCCCGUUCGCGGGUUGCUCGCUUCCCUUCGGUCGAUUGGCAGCACUGUGAGGUCAGAUCUCGCUUUCACCAGGAGGUCAUGUGGCGGCACAGCUGUGCAUGCUUCCAGAGACAUAUCCCCUGGGGAGGUUCUGUUCAGGAUUCCUCACUCGGCCCUUCUCUGGCGCGGUGCACAUCUGGGAACUGCAGUGGUCCAGGCAAGCCACCUCACAGGUGCCGAACGUUUAGUACUGGCACUGGCGGCAAUCAAGAAGGGUCUUCAAACACCGCCGCCUCCGAUCGAAGCAUAUGGGGCGUUUCUACAGGAGGAACCACUACCAAACGCCACAAUCUUGUGGAGGACCGAAGUCCUGGCUUGGCUGAAAGGCACCGAAGCGGCUGAGUUGACUGAGCAUUUCCUUCGACGAAUAGCUCAAAUUCACGCUGCUGCACCGCUACUUCUGGAGCAUGACGACAUCAAGGCUGCCUUCGCGCAAUAUUAUUCGCGACAUGGAACUUUGCCAUUGGGCCAACGUGGUGUGUCAGAGCCAGUGAUGAUCCCGGGCAUUGAUCUUUGCCGGCGUAAAGAUGGCGGCCUGAAUCCGGUACUGAGGAAUGGCGACGCUGAACUUUUGGCGACACAGACCAUCCACGCAGGGGACGAGAUUUUCGUUGACCUCGGCGUUCGUGACCACACAGACCACAUUGUGCAGGGAGCACCGGACGAUCCUAACGCCGGCAUUUUUCUGCCAGUACCGCUAGGCAGAGGGCCUGCCAACAAGUGGAAGCGUCGCAUGUUCGAGCACCUGCAGUGGCCCGCGGAGGUUUUGCUUCGGAACGGCGUAGUCCAGGAUCCAAAGCAUCUUCGCCUUGCUGCGAUGCCUCGCGAAGAGUUCACGGCGUGGUCUGUUGGGGCGCUGGUCGCUGGGGCACCGCUUGCAGUAUCGCGUGCCUUCCGUACGGAGACACAGGCCAAUGCAUACUUGGUCACAGAGUGCUCCAAGCGCGGUGCAGCUGCAAGGUCACUUCUACCUCUUAGCGAGACUGGGCAGAAGCCGGCCUCCCUGGCAGUCGCAAGGUAUCGCGAUCGGCUCGUCGAGGGCUAUAAUCUGUGCAAGCUGCGAGCUGAAGAGAAGCUGCGGAAGCUUCAUAUGUGGGCGAUGAAGCAGCAUGACUGGGUGUUUCGCUUCGUGCACCAGGCAGUUCACACCGCUGAUCAGCUGCCACGAAAGAUCGGAAUUCAGAUGAAUGCGCUGUCGGACCCUACCGCUGCAUCGGACCAGAACUAUAUGGCGAGCAUGACUGUGGCUUUGGUGAACGCCAAGGUCGCCAACUUUGCCCCAUAUUUCCAUACGCUGCUGCAGGUUGCUGCAUCACUGUCACAGCUUCGCAAGAUCCGAAGGCUUGCGCACGCGAUGGCUCUCCUGCAAGGUACAUGGUGUGACGAAGUUGAUCUAUCAGCCUUUGACUGGAUCAACGCAUUGCAAGGCAAGGAUGCAAUUGGAACACUGAAGUACUUGCUUCCCGAAAUUGAGAGUCUUGCACAGGAGUACAAGAUUGCAGAUGGCCUUUGA